GAACGGCUCGCCUCAAUACGGAAUUGUAAGUCGGUGUGAGCAGUUCUCUCGGCGAGGGGCUACGGGAAAAAUCGAGGAAAAUCGGCUUUUCGUGAGUUUUUCGGCUUUUUAGUCGGCCAUAAGGAAAUACGGCCGCCGCUCGCGCGUGUGUUGGUGCUUCUUCUGGUGCCUGGUGCCUGGGUGCCUGGGUGCAUGGUGCAUGGUGCCUUCCGCCUGCUGGUGUUGUUGGGUGUGUGUGCGAGUGUGCGUGCGACGUGUGUGUGUUGUAUCUGUGUAUUUGUAAAGGAGAAAUUGUAAUAAACCGGUUCUUCUUCUACUUCUUGUACCACCACCGCCAACAACAACAACAACCACAACCUACCAACACAAAUAAACGAUUUUUUUUGUUUUUUUGAGAAGAAUCCGAAAAUCCAAAUAUCUCGAAAAUAUCGCAUCCCAAUCGUAUUUCGUUUCGCCUUCGUUUCAAAUAACAAAAAAAAUAGAAGAAAUUAAAGGACGGAGGAUAUAAACUAUCCCAACAACAACAAAUAAAACAACAACAACCAAAUCCUAAAAACAAAGAUCGUUGCAUUUUUUUUUCUGUGUCCCAAGCCCGAAAGAGAAAAAUUCCAUCAAAGUGAGCCAAGUGCAAAAAAAAAGAAGAAAAAAUAGAAGAAAUUAAGAAAAAAUCAAUUAAAAUUAAGUUCAAGAAUCAAAGAAGAGAGUGCCAAAAGUAAAAAAAAAAAAGUAAAAUUUAAUAAAAAAAAAAGGAGAAAUCUCUAGAGGAAUACGAGAAACAAAACAAAGUUGCGAAAUAUUUACCGAAAAUUUAAAAAAAAAAAAAAAAUAAGGACUCCUAAGAAUAAAGGAGGAAAGCUAAGCCGGCGAACUUUGGACUCCAGAGCCACUCCCAGCCCCGGCAGCGAGCCACCGAGGAGGUCCAGGUGGAAAAACAAAGGUCCUGAAACCAAGUAAUUGAACGGCAACAAUAGCCAAGGACUAGCAGGAGCUGGCAGGAGCGGCUGCAUCAAAAAUAAAACAUAAACAGACAGUUUUUAAAGCUCUGGCUUCAAGGAAACUCGAAAGCUUAAGGAUACAAGAGGUACUCCUUGUGGCCCGGAAUACAAGGCGUUACUGGAACUACCAUUCGAUGAUGCUCGCCCAGUGCUCCUGCUGCAGUGCCCGCCUCUAGUUCCCGCCCCUGUCUCUCUGAAACCCGAAGCGAAGCGAACAGACUCCAAGGAAGGCCCAAGGAAGGACCCAGCCCGGAGAGGAGAAGGUCACUCACAGCAGCAUGUAUCCCAGUGGAGGCAGUGGCGCCGCAACGGCAGCCAAGUUCCAGAACCGCUGCGGUUCGCCGCAGUUCGCCAGCGACUAUCCGCAUCCGCAUCAGCAUCCGCAUCCGCAGACCACCUCGGUGGCCAUCCACACGGCCCCCUCGACCGGAGUUGGGGGCGGCAGUGGCAGCUCCGCUGCGAUGAGCGGCGGAGGCGCCGGCGGUGGCUCCAUGAGGUCGGCCCAGAGGGCCCAACAGAUGACCUUGACCCACGGCCACAACCACGGCCUGGGCAUGGGCAUGGUGGGCCACGGCAUGUCCUCACACACCCACUCGCACGGCCAUGGACACGGGCAUGGACACGGACUCGGACACGGACACGGCCACCAGAACGCCGCCACUCUGGGCCACCCGCACAACCACGGGAUGAGCCACGUGGGCUCCCACCUGAUCUACCCGGACGACAUGGACAGCAUCGAGUUCUGCAUGCCGGCACCGCCGUCCUCGUCCGCCCAGAACGGCCUCGCCGGCGACCAGUUCCUGCUGGGCAGCGGCGGCCACGACGAGGCGUUCCGCUACCAGGACCGCUGGCAGAGGAACUACAGCCGGCGGAGCAACCACAAAAUGGAGCAGCAGGUCAAGUGGUCCCGCAAGAACAUAGCCGCCACCAUGGAGCGCUUCGAGCCGACGCCCAACACCCAGAGCUCCUCCUCCACCUCCUCGCUGGACUACGGGUUCGCGGCCGGAGUGAUGACUCCGGGCAGCAACAACGCCACGCCCUCGCACGUCGGAGGCGGCGGGGCCGGAGCCUCGAAUCCCUCGCUGCACGUGGCAUUCAAUGGAAGUGGUGGCGCCGCCGGAGGAUCGGUGGGCUCGGGCUCGGGAUCGAUAGGAUCGGAAUCGGGAAUAGGACCUGGAGCCGGAAUCGGAGCUGGAGCGGGAGCCGCAGGUGGAGCCACAGCCGGGGCAGUGGGGGGGACAGCUGCAGCGGCAGCGGCAGCGCCCUUCAACCACGUCUACUCGUACGCCUACUACGAGCCGGGGGCCGCCAAAUGCCACACCAACGUGCCGGCCCAGGGUUCGGCCGGGAGCAGCGGAUCAGGAUCGGCAUCCGUGUCCGUGUCCGGAUCCGGGUCCGGUUCGGUCCAGAUGCUGCCCCGGCAGGCGGAGAAGAGCCCGCCCCGGAACUCGAUACGGGCGCUACUGGCCAAGAGCUUCCGCUCCAAGAGCAGCUCCACCAGCCACGGCCACGGCCACGGGCACGGACACGGCCAGAGCACCUCCAGCUCGCCCAGCGCCGAGGAGCGGGACCGCCACACGUACACCACGCGGUACGGGACGACGGAGAACCUGUACGAGGAGGUGAGCGACCAGAAGAUCCGCAAGGUCCUCUCCGACAACCGGAUCGCCAGCGCCUCCAGCGUCGGCAACGUGAAGGAGGAGCAGCGCCGGGUGCAGAACAACCACUUCCGGGUCCUGGACGAGCUCAACCUGUCGCUGGAGGCCCUGAUCAUGCCCCCGACUCCGCCGGACGUCAGUCCGAAUCAUGCCGCCGGCGACGAGCCGAACAUAGCCAGUGGCGCCGUCGGCGGUGGCCAUUCCGUGUCCACCACGGCGGUGGUGACGCCACUGCCCUCGUCCGCCGGCAAGAUCAACCAACGACCCCGCCGUGGCGGCCUGCUGGGCGGCGCCUCGAACGCCGGCGGCGCCUCCAACUCCAGCUCCGCGUCGCACGCCAGCCUGGAGAACCUCUCGAGCACCCUGAACAGCAUGGAGCUGAAGGACCACGGCCACAGCAGCUGCAUCAACCCGGAGUUCGACGAGGGCGACCUCGACUCCGGGUUCAGCGGCAGCGGCAGCAGCAGCGGCGCCAGCUACAACGAGAGCUUGCGGUACUACAAGUCGGCCACGCCCACCGGGCCCAUGCACCACCAGCACCAGCACCAGGGCCUGCACCACCAGGGCAUGCCCCACCACCAUGGCCAGCACCACCACCACCAGCACCACCACUCGCUCAACAACAACACCUUGCCGCACAACCUGCGCAGCUGCCGCUCCUCGACGGCGUCGGGCACCUCCACCUCCAAGAGCAGCAUGGCCAGCUGCGGCGAGGACCAGGGCAUCGGCAUGACCUUGUCGGUGGGUGGUGUGGGCGUGGGUGUCGGAGGACCAGGCGGUGGCCUGCCAGAGUCCGGCGCUGGGGGCGGGGGCGGGGGCGGCGGCUCCCUCUCGCCCUUCAACUAUCCGCGCCGCUGCUCGGCGGACCAGCAGCGCGCCUCCGGCCGGUCGAUCGGAGGCAUGGCCGGAGGCGGCAUCAUCAGCGGCAUGGGCGGUGGCGCCACCACCAUGGCCAGUGGCAGCAACGUGGCCCUCUCCACCGGCACGAAACCCAAGAAGAACUUCUGGACCAUGAAACCGUGAUGCUACAAAAAGGCGCUGCGUCACAUUUGCAAGAAAUGGACUAUUGUUAUGGAAUACAAUACAAAGACUGCCUCAUGCCAUGCCAUCCACUAUUACCAUCAACCCAAUAGCUACAGUAGCUUCUAUCAGCAUAAGCAGCUGACGUCAUCAGCGUCUACGUCAUCAUCUACGUCAUCGUUGCAGCCGCCC